CAACACGUCUUCCCUGAAAUCCUCUACUUUGAAGACAUUUUUCCUGUCAAUUCACUGCGGCUUAUUAUCCUCUCAAGUACCAUGUCGUCAUCCGACCACGCGCCGGAGCCCAAGCGUUUCGAGCCGAAAGUGCCUGUCAACCUCAACCCCCCAAAGGAUGAUCCGAUCAGCACGGAAUAUCUAGCUAAAUGCGACGGCAAUUCGAGCGCAUAUCCCACUUAUGUUGCCAUCAAGGGUAAAGUCUUUGAUGUGACUGGAAACCCAGCGUAUGCACCCAAGGGUGCUUAUCAUGCAUUUGCCGGCAAAGAUGCCUCUCGGGCCUUAGCGCUGUCGUCGCUGAAACCUGAGGAUAUUCGGUCUGACUGGAGCGACCUGGGCUCCACCGAGCAGGGUGUCCUCAACGAUUGGAUGACCUUUUUCUCUAAACGUUAUAAUAUCGUUGGGGUUGUACAGCCCAGAGCUUGAGGCAUCUAGAACGCUGUCGACCCUGUGUGGCUUCAUGU